AUGUCUAAGCAGUAUCUGACCACGCAUACCGUGGACGACGCCCACAUCACAGACAUCUUCUCCCUGGCGACGACACCAAGAGCCGUUCUCUCAGCGAGCGGCUCGUCGACGCUGCACGUGCAUGACACCACAGACCCCGCGUUCCCGCUGAGGCAGUCGCUUUCCGACGCCCACAAGCUGGGCUGCCACCACGUCUGCACGUCGAGGAACGGCAAGGUCGCCGCCAGCGCCGGCUUCGGCGGGGAGGUCAAGCUCUGGUCGCUGGACCAGGACACGGGCGACUGGCGCAGCGACGGUGAGCUCGCGGGGUCGUCGGCCAAGCCCGGCGAGGUGUGGGCGCUGGCCCUCAGCGAGGAUGGCGGCUACCUCGCCACCACGACUAACGAUGGGCGGAUAAACGUCUGGGACAUCCGCGACGAGAAAAAGUCCAAGAUCCAGGAGUACGAGACCGGUAGUGCCGGCUCGGGGAGCUUCGGCAUGUCCGUCGACCUCAGCAGAGACGGGAAAUACACCGCCAGCGGUCAUCAGAGCGGCGCCGUCUACAUUUUCAACAACGAUACAGGGCGAAUUCUGUACUCCCUUACGGGUCUAGCAAAGCCGGUACGAGCAGUAGCCUUCUCGCCGGGCAGCACGCGACUCGCCGCGGCCGGUGACGCGGGCAUCAUCGCUCUCUACGACAUGAAGCACGGCGAGCACGUGGGCAACCUGACAGGCCACUCGUCGUGGAUCACCUCGCUCGACUGGAGCGACACGGGAGAGUUUCUUCUCACCGGCUCGAUGGACGGCAAGGUCAAGGUGUGGUCCAUCGAGCGCAGCGCCUGCGUCGCGACGCACAGCGAGACGGACAAGGCGCUCUGGGCCGUGAGGUGGCUGCCGAAGACGGGGAAGAGCGAGAUGUUUUGUACAGCCGGCGCUCACAGGAGCUUGUCUUUCUACAGGGAGGCGACUGGAGGUUGA